GCGUUGCAACGCAAGCUCCCCUAGUUGAAGGCAGCACAGCUAGAGGCCAUAUUGGAAUCUAUGAAGUCGGUUUGCACUUUGAUGGAACUGACUGUCUGUCGUUUUUGGGGAGUCUCUAAAUCGCUGUCCCGGAUUCACACCCGAGUGAUCGCGCCAGGCAUUCCACCCGAGACCCCGCCACGUCCGGACGGCGCGUUGUCUCGCUUCAUUUCGUGGGGGAAAAAAGAAUGAGUCCAACCGAUGCUAAGCGAGGGGCUAAACGCAGGAAGAACAAGCGGGGCGGUGGCAGCAGUUGCAGCGCUGUCUGCAAUACCAGCGGUGGCAAGGCCGGGGUUGCCUCGGCCCUGGGCUGUGCGGGGACAGCGACACCUGCCUCGGUCGUCAGCUUUUUAACAACCGGCAGUGCGGGCACCGGGAGUAUCGGGUCCAUCGCGGGCAUCAACGGAGAGGUAAGCAACAGUGUUACACCCCAGUUUACGGAAGGACCGGUGAAUGCUGACUUCUCCGGGGUCCUCCAGACCCCAUUCACGUUCGGCUUGAACCAGCGGGCCCCUUACACGGCCGGCGAUAGCUGCCUCUUAUGCCGAUGUGAGCGCAAAGACAGUUCCGUGCCUCCGGAGGCGGGGAUCUCGGGCCUGAACGGUACGGCGCAGGCCAACAAGACGCCCAGCGCCCUCCAGCUGCCCCUGUGGGUGUGCUCUGACUGCAGGCGCACAGUGGAGAAGGAGGACCGACACACUGCUCUGGAGCAGUCUUUGGGGAGCCAGGACUUCCUUUUGCACCUGCCCGUGGGUAACGGAAACCUGGGCCAGGAGGCAGCCACGGGGGACAGACUGACCACUGCUGUGCCUACACUACCCAUGCUCCCUGCCCCGGACCUCACCGCACCGAUGCCUGCUGAUACAGUGUGCAGCUGUGAAGCCUGCAACGAGAGACGGGAGAUCUCUGCUGAAUCGGAGAGGGAGUCGCAGCAGCUACAGAACCACUGGUCGGAGGUUCGCUACCUGGUGCGCUGCAUCUACCGCCAGACCGGAACACCGUUAGCAGAUGACCAUGACCAGCCCUUGGAGAGGGACAAGGAGGGCAUGAAGGAGCUGGUCGAUAGGCUCUGUGAGAAGGACCCUUACCAGCUAUAUCAACGGUUGGAGCAGCAGGCGCGUGAAUAUGUCUUGGAAAUGAAGGUGCGGCUACUGAAGCACCUAUCGACAGGACCCAAGACUACAGGACCAGCGGGGACUGCGGCCCUGGGUCCUCCUCAGGCCUACCAGUUCAUUUCCCUGCUGCUGGAGGAGUACAACGCCCUCUGUCAAGCUGCACGCACCAUCAGCAGCUUCCUGCUCACCCUGGAAAAUGAGCACCUUCAGAAAUUUCAGGUGACGUGGGAGCUGCACAACAAGCACCUUUUUGAGAAUCUGGUGUUCUCUGAACCGAUCUUGCACAGCAAUUUACCUGCACUGGUUGCACAGCUGAAACAUGGCACAGCCUCCCAUGAUUCCUACAAUGAAGAUAUGUACAGGACCUUGUUAGAAAGCUACCAUCAGCUGCAGCGGGAGAUGGCUUCGGUGGCUACUGAAUGGCAGGAGUGUGAGAAGAGGAUUGAUGACUAUGUAGAUGAACAGCUGCUUUUUAAGGUGGAGGGUCAGAGUCUCACCAACCAAAGAACAGAGCCACACAAGUCUUUAAUAAGCAAAAACACGUUGAAGACUAAGCAGCGAAUGCUCAAGGAGGACUGGGAGUUCUUUAAGCAGAGGAGGUUUAUAGAAGAGCAGAUACCGAACAGUAAGAAGCCCCCCACCGGAGACCACAACUUCACAGACACGAUGAGGAUGCUCUCGUCUCGUCUGAGUAUUCCAGACUGCCCAAACUGCAAUUAUCGAAGAAGGUGCACGUGUGACGACUGUAGUCUCUCCCACAUCCUGACCUGUGGCAUCAUGGACUCUCCCAUCGCCGAGGACCUCCACAUCAAGCUGCCCCUGCAGGGCGAGCCGCCCCGCGACUACCUGGCGGAGGUGCACCCUCCCAGCCUCUCCUCCGGCAGCUCGGCCUCCGGCUCCAACUCCAGUUCUCCCAUCACCAUUCAGCAGCAUCCACGGCUCAUUCUGCCUGAAGGCGAUACCAACACUUUUAUCAGUGAUGAUGACGAAGUGCCUCCGUUGUCCAGUAAGUUCGGGGACAUCUACCCUAUGACUGGUUAUGAGGAUAACCGCGUUGUGACCGCUGCUGUGAACGGCCUCCAUAAUGACAUCAAUGGGGAAUGUGAAAACGUGGAACUAAAGGCAGGGUCUCCUCACAUGACCAGCAGCAGCAGCUCAUCAGAGGGCGAUGAGGAGGAAGUUGACGGUGAGGUCGGUGGGGUGCCCAGGGACCAGCUGGAGGAGCUUUCCUCAGGAAAGACCAUCAGCCCUCCACCUUCUUACAACCACCAACAGGUAGAACAGGUCCAGCAUGCCUGCGAGUGCCACGUGUGCAACCAAGACCCCAGCUCCUCCCCCCUCGGCCCUGCCACAUGCCUGCCCCCUAGUCGCCUCCACGCUGCUCCUCCUCCCGCUGUUGGACACCAGUUCUUCACAGACAGCAAGACGCCCCCCACCCACCCUGCCCUCCACCUCUACCCCCACAUCCACGGCCACCUGCCCCUACACAACUUCUCCCGGCCCCUGCUGCACCCUACACUCUACCCUCCCAGUCCUCCUCUCACACACAACAAGCCUUUGCCUCCAAACCCGACAUCAAACCACUCGGCGGCCAAGCAACCGGCCUUCAGCCCGUCGUUACCGGAGCACGUUUACCAGAACUGCUUUGGCGGUGCAUGUGGCGCUGGCGACUGGAACAGCUCGCUGCAGUGCCUCUCGCUCAAGUUUGAGAACCUUUGGGACGCUGCUGUUAUGAAGAGCUGGAAUCCAUCUGUCCUGUUGCCCGAGUCCCUUCCAGGUGACAUGCUCGGCCCACCCCUCGCCGACAUGCCCCUCCCCCCAACGUCAUCGAUCGGCCCCCAAGGGGAGCACCCCUCGCUGCCCACCCCUCUGCCCCCUUCCUGCUGCGCUUCCUCGUCAUUGUCAUCGUCUUCGUCGUCGUCGUCGUCGUCGUCAUCAUGCUCCUCUUCAGAAGCCAAACAGCAGAAGAAGAGCGGUGCCAAGAAGAAGUGUCUCUACAAUUUCCAGGAUGCCUUCAUGGAGACCAACCGAGUAGUGAUGGCCACCUCCGCCUCCACGUCCUCCGUGUCCUGCACUGCCACCACUGUCCAGUCAAGUAAUAACCCCCCCAUCCACCUAGCAUCUAAAAGACCCAACUCUUUAGGUAAUAUAGACGAUGUAUUUCACAAUCUAGGUAAAGAGGACCAUAGGCAACCCGCUCCAGCCCCUUCAAGAAACUGUCCCACAGGACUGACCUCCCUCCCUCCACUCUCGGCCCCCACCCUGCCCCCAGCACCCACCACGCACCUUCCCACAAUGGGAUCCCAGCCCUUUCCAAAGAUGGCUCCUCCGGCCCCGGACUUCAUGGAGACCCACCAGGGUUUGUGCCUCCCGCCCGCCGAGCCACCGAGCUCCUCAGCAGACGGUCCCGUCAGUGCCCCACCCAGUGUCUGCAGUGAUCCAGACUGUGAAGGCCAUCGCUGCGAGGGGAAUGGGGCCUACGAGCACCAGCCGUACGAUGGGGAGGAGAGUCAGGACGAGGACAGCUGCUCCGAGCAUAGCUCCUCCACCUCCACCUCCACCAACCAGAAAGAAGGAAAGUACUGUGACUGCUGCUACUGCGAGUUCUUCGGGCAUGGCGGGCCCCCAGCUGCUCCUACCAGUCGAAACUAUGCAGAGAUGCGAGAGAAGCUGCGCUUGCGUCUGACGAAGCGUAAGGAGGAGCAGCCUAAACGGGAGGAGCAGCCACCGGUGAUAGAGCGAGAUGGAGGGGUGGAGGACCACAGGCGGGUGGAGGACCUAUUGCAGUUCAUCAAUAGCGCUGACAAUAAACCUGCCUCCAGUUCUAAAGCAGCCAAACGGGCCAGGCAUAAACAAAAGAAGAUGGAGGAGAAGGCCCGUUUGGAGGUAGAGGCCCGUGAAAGGGAGGAGCAGCAGAUGUUGGAGGAGCAGCAACGACGACAGCGGCAGCAAGAGGAAGAGGCGGCGCUUCAAAAGGAACUGCUCCGGCUGCAAGAGCUGCAGCAGCAUCGGGCUGCCAAGAAGAAAAAGAAAGAGAAAGCGAAGGAAAACACCGCUCCCCCACCAAACAACCCGCAGCCCCUCAAACAGACAGCUCAGAACGUCUUAGAUAACCUACAGAACGGAAAGUCACACUCACUGCUUCAAAGCCUCAUCAGGCUUCCCGAAAAGAAGGAACCCAGAAUAGACCCCCUCCCCCGCCCCAACACACAGCACAGCCCACGACACGCGAGUGAGAGGGGCUUUUCUACCGAGACCAACAUCCCCAACUGUCAGGCCGUCCUCCACAAUGGCACUCCUACAUCCCGGCUGGAGGUCAACGGUAAAGUGAAGGCCAUGCAGUCUGCGAAGGUGGCCACGUGUGAGGCUGCUGUAAAGAAAGCCCCAGAGCUACCCAAGAGCCCAGAUGUGGCAGCAAAGCUAGCGAAUGGCACGGCCCCCGCUACACCAGACAUCAAAACGAUGCGAAUCAGGCCCGCCGAGGCCCUGGCUCCCCUCCCGACCACUGAACCAAGGAGGGAGGACAGGUGUAACUUUGGAGGCGCCAGUGGGAAAAGGCAGCAUCAGCAGCUACAACCACAACAACCGCUGACCCGAACAAAGGAAGACAGGCGAAGUCCACCUGGGUCAAACUCUUCCACUUCACCCCCCCCAGCCUCGCUGUCUGAGCAGAACGGCAAACCGCCCAGUGCAGAAUCCCCACAGCCCAAAGGCAAGACCAAGAAGAGCAAGAAGAAGAAGGGGGACAAGAUGAACACCUCAAUAGAUGACGUAUUCUUGCCUAAAGACAUCGACUUGGAUACCACUGAAAUGGAUGAAACGGAGAGGGAGGUGGAGUAUUUCAAAAGGUUUUGCUUGGAUUCUGCCCGGCAGCCCCGCCAACGGCUCUCCAUCAACUGGGCAAACUUUAGUUUGAAGAAACUCCGUUCGCUGCACAUUGAGGCUGUUGGUCAGUGACUGUUGGGACACAAUCAGUACCGUUAACAGCUCUACCAACCCACACGUUUCCCCCCCACACACCCCCAUGCUCAUCCCUUUACCUCCACCCAGCUGUUGUCCUCCCAGAACUUCUCUCCCGCUGUGCGCAAAUCACACCCACGCUGCCUUGCUUUGUUCUUGUCGCUGUGGGGUUCCAACACGGGACCCAUCUGGAUCGAUCCACCUGCAGAACUGAAAACAAAAAUUUCAUUAAAUGACACAAAAGAAUCACAAAAAUGCUACUUUACAUCUUGAUUUAAUUUUCCUUGCGUGCUUGUGUGCUUUUAGUCCGAGUCGGGCAUUUCUUUUGACUUUAAAAAAAAAAAGAAAAAAGGCCAUGGUCUGAAAUUAUUUUUCUUUUAAUGGCUUACCUGUAGUCAAAAGAUGCUUACUAUGUCUGGAUGGUUUCCUUCCAACAAAAAAAAAGAGACAAUGGAAACUACACCAAAAAAAAAAGGAAGAGAAAUGUAAUGAAUUAAAAGCUGUAUUUGAGAUAUUGUGGCUUAAUAUCCCAUCGUUUCCCGUUCCUCGCACGGCAUCUCAUCCACAUGAUUGACAAGGGAAUGGGCUUGGUCAGCUGGUCCCAACCACCCUCCCCACCACAACCCCCACCCCCAACCACCCUGUUUCACAGAAAGGAGGAAAGCGUAAUACUUGACAAUGUUCUUUUUUUAUUUUAUUUUUUUUUAUUUGGGGGGGUUUUAAGUUCUGUUUAACAAACUGUUGAGUAAAAGUGUACCAGUUACAGUUUUUGUUUUCUUUAUUUUUUGACCUGUAGCCAGCUUGUAUCAGAAUACUUUCAGAAUGAAAUCGAAAAAAAGAACAAUACUCACACUAUCAAUCUGUUAUAGAGUGUAUAUUGUAUUAACACUGAAGCCAAACUGGCUACUUUUAACAUAUUGUUAAGUAAUAUUAAAUCUUGUCUUUCUUUUUUGAAAGAUGGAAUACAGUAGUAUGGCAGGA